AUGCCCCCUACCGCCUGCAUCCGUUGCAGGCCCCUAGUCGGUGCGACUCGCCAGGUCCUGCGCGCAUCAGGGAAACAGAAACGCGGCUACUCCAUUUGCCCCAGCUUCCAGAAUGCCGUCGUCUUCUCGGGCAUCCAGCCCACCGGUGUCCCACACCUGGGCAACUAUCUAGGCGCCAUGCGCCAGUGGAAGCGGCUGCAGGACGACGCCCACGAGGACGACAAGCUGCUCUACUCGAUAGUCGACCUGCACGCCAUCACGAUGCCGCAGGAUGCUGAGAUCCUGAGGCGGCGCAGGAGAGAGAUGCUGGCUGCCCUGAUCGCAAUUGGCCUUGACCCUGAGAGAUCGAUCCUCUUCUAUCAGUCUUCGGUAUCGCAACACGCCGAGUUGAUGUGGAUUCUGAGCUGCACGGCUUCGAUGGGCUAUCUGAGCAGAAUGACGCAGUGGAAGAGUAAGCUUCAGAUGAGCAACAAGGGUGAGGAUCUCGACGAUGCUGCCGCUGCGAGACUCAAGCUCGGGCUGUUCUCGUACCCGGUACUGCAAGCAGCGGAUAUACUCGUCCACGGCGCCACACACGUGCCCGUCGGCCAUGACCAGAAACAGCACUUGGAGUUCGCACGGGAGUGUGCGACCAACUUCAACCAUAAAUUCGCCAAUGUACUCGUCCCUCCAGAGACCGUACUCACCAAUUCGCCGCGCGUCAUGUCUCUCAUGAACCCGAACAACAAGAUGUCCAAAUCAGCACCGAACGAGAAGUCCCGCAUCCUCAUCAUGGCGGAGCCGCAGGAGAUCCACCAGCGCAUCAUGGGCGCCGUGACCGACUUCGAGAACGUCGUGACCUACGAGCCGCGAAGACGUCCCGGCGUUGCCAACCUGCUGGAGCUGCUUGCGCAGUGCAGCCCGAACUACGUGGCGCCCGCCGUGCUGGCCGAGAAGAUGGCAGGGGCCAGCCUCGGCGAGCUGAAGCAGCAGGUCUCCCGGGCGGUGACUGCUGAGCUGGGCGGUAUCCGUGAUCGCUACCACGACUUGCUGUCGCGGCACGGGGGCAAGUACCUCGACGAGAUCGAAGAGGCCGGGGCCGAGAAGGCGAGGAAGAGCGCGGAGGAAACUAUGAGGGCUGUACGAUAUGCCGUGGGAUUGUCGUCCCGUUAG